CGGUGUCUAACAUGAAGCAGGGGCUUCUGGGAAGACAAGCCGUGGCAGGGCCGAUUGAUCCUGCAGGGUGAAGUCAGCGGGAAGAGAACGCUGUCCUGACAGGCUCCUCACACCUGUGACAGGAGGCCGAGCUGGUGUUUGAGUGCGGAGCAGAAGUGCAGCAACAACAUGGUCUGACCUCUGACGCCCCCCCUCGGCUCUCCCGGUCGGACCCUGUGACCCUCCUCUGUGACCCAGUAUGAAGCUGUACAGGAAGUGGUUGCUGGUGGUUCUGUUGGUCUGGCUCUUCCUCUUCCUGUCCCUGCUCUUUCACGUCCUGGACCUCAGAUCCUCCUUGCUGCUUAGGUCCAGAUCAGCUGCAGAGUCUCGACUCACCAGGACAGAAAUCGGCCUGGCCUCCGUUAAUGGGGGGACCAGGAUUGGCCGCUGGUCCCGGAAACCUGCUGGAGUCUCAGAGAAGAACUGGAAGAGGAGGAGGACUGACUACAGGUCCAGGUCUAAGGAUUACUACAGGUCCAGUUCUAUCAAGAUCCUGCAGAGACUAUGGGCCGGGAAUCUGACAGCGGGGAUGCUGAGUCCUCAUCUCCAGAAGAUCCGAAUGAUCCAGCUGAGCUCCAACAGGCACCAGGUGGUGUACCGGGGGCCAAAGGGGGGCCGCAAGUCCAGUCUGCAGUUGUACUGCGAGCUGAAGAGGAGAACCAGGAUCCGGACUGUAGACGGGACCGAGGAGCCGUUCUCCAGUCUUGGCUGGGAACGGCUGGUGCCUUCGCUGCCCCUGCAGGAGCUCCGGACGUCUCAGUAUCAGACCUGCGCUGUGGUGACAUCAGCCGGAGCAAUUCUCAACUCAUCACUGGGGAGGGAGAUCGAUUCCCAUGAUGCAGUGCUUCGCUUCAACGCUGCUCCCACCAAAGGCUUCGAGAGAGACGUGGGGACCAAGACCACCUUCCGCCUCAUCAACUCCCAGAUCGUAGCUCGGCCCAAACAUCAGUUCAACAGCAGCUCGUUGUAUCAGGACGUCGCUCUGCUGGUCUGGGACCCGGCUCAGUACUCCUCCAACCUGACGAAGUGGUUCCAGAAGCCGGACUUCGAUCUGUUCUCGGGGUACGUUGAACGCCGUCGCCGCCAACCUGAGCAGCCAUUUUACGUCCUCCACCCAGAAUUCAUCUGGAACCUGUGGGACCUGAUCCAGGACAACACUGAGGACCAGAUCCAACCAAACCCGCCCUCAUCAGGGUUCACAGGUAUCCUGUUGAUGAUGUCAUUGUGUCGUGAGGUCAGCGUGUACGAAUUCAUCCCGUCUGUCCGUCAAACUGACCUGUGUCACUAUUACGAGCAGUACCACGAUGACGCCUGUACACUGGGGGCCUAUCACCCUCUGCUGUACGAGAAGCUGCUGAUCCAGAGGAUCAACCAGGGCCACCGAGACCAGCUGAAGAGGAAGGGCAAGGUCACGCUGACGGGGUUCAGCGCCAUCCAGUGUGGGUCAUGAUCCAGAAUUAACAAACUGAGGGGGUUCAGCGCCAUCCAGUGUGGGUCAUGAUCCAGAAUUAACAAACUGAGGGGGUUCGGGACUGUCCAGUGUGGAUCAUGAUCCAGGUUUAACAAACUGAGGGCGUUUGACGCUGUCCAGUGUGGGUCAUGAUCCAGGUUUAACAAACUGAGGGGGUUCGGGACUGUCCAGUGUGGGUCAUGAUCCAGAAUUAACAAACUGAGGGCGUUUGACGCUGUCCAGGGUGGGUCAUGAUCCAGGUUUAACAAACUGAGGGGGUUCAGGGUCGCCCAGGGUGGGUCAUGAUCCAGGUUUAGAAAACUGAGGGGGUUCAGGGUCGUCCAGUGUGGGUCAUGAUCCAGGUUUAACAAACUGAGGGGGUUCAGGGUCGUCCAGGGUGGGUCAUGAUCCAGGUUUAACAAACUGAGGGGGUUCGGGACUGUCCAGGGUGGGUCAUGAUCCAGGUUUAACAAACUGAGGGGGUUCAGGGUCGUCCAGGGUGGGUCAUGAUCCAGGUUUAACAAACUGAGGGGGUUCAGGGUCGUCCAGGGUGGGUCAUGAUCCAGGUUUAACAAACUGAGGGGGUUCAGGGUCGUCCAGUGUGGGUCAUGAUCCAGGUUUAACAAACUGAGGGGGUAAUGUAGUGACUUAGUUUGUGAGUCAUUGCAUUAUGUGGCCGUUCUUUUGCUUCCAGAAGACGUGGACUCCCUCAUCACUACCUCCUCCCACGCCUUCUGCACCUGAUGGAGCUUUGGUGGCAUUAUUGAUCUUUCUCGGGAACUUUCACUUGUAGGAGCAGAUCAGUUUCUUCACAUGAAAUCUGUUCUUUCCGGCUCCGUAAAUCCGCCUUUAUCAUAGCAAUGUUCAUAUUUGUUUUUACAGUUUCUACUAGAAAAUAUUUACAUGCUAUGUUUAAAAAACACAUUAUUUUUCAUCCUCUGGAUGAAUACUCAGUUUUAGCUCCCCUUCUCUGUUGUAUGUUACCGGUUACUAACUACUGCUAUCAGCAGUAGCUACUCAGUUAGCUGUGCAGCUAGCUGUCCGGUUGCUGAUUAGCACAGACACUCUGGACCGCUUGUUCAGAGCCUCCUGAAAACAGCAGCUACCGUUAACUAUAGUGUUAGCAACAAGUAAAGCUAUCUGUCCUUCAGGAAACUUUAUAAAACACAGAGUUGAGGCAGAGCAGCCAGAGGACAUCAGAGGGAAAAACAGAAAAUACUUUCCUUAAGAACCAUAACAAAACUUUCUGUGAGACACUGAACUGAAUCUGCAGAUCCAUGAGCUCGAGUGACCACUUCUCUGCAAUGUGAGCUGGUUUAUGGAAAAUUUGGGGGCAUUAAAGAGCCCAGAUUAUACAUCAUAUCUAGAGCUUGUUGGCAAUUGUCCGUUUUUCCAGAGUCUUUUGCAUGUGAGAGAUUAACAUAUGAAGGAGGAAACAAUGGAGACUGAAAUACUUUAAUACCAAGGUAAAUACAGUUUUCCAUCCUAUGGCACCUUUAAAAGGAACGGGAGAUGACACUCUGGUUUGUUUAUUGCAUGUUGAAUUUAUUUGUCUUAGACAACUACCAUGUAAUCAGGACAGAUAUUUUGUUGGGUUGGGGUUUUUACGAUGAUGCUAUUGAUGUUUUAUGUACUUUCAAUAAACUUACUAAAUAAAA